ACUCCGGGCCAACAUUCUCCGGUUUUAUUGCUACAACGGGUUUGUGAUUUUGGCAGCUAAAUUUCGAGACUUGCAAGCGGUUUCUGCCUUCUGGGAGAUCUUUGGCAUUGUUUGUAAUCUGUGAGCUGAUAGGAAGGUCUAAGAUGGCGUCCAAGCUGACAACAGGGUUAGUGGGAUUAGCCGUGGAAGCAAAUGGCAAACAGAAAUUAGCAUUGCUGUACAAGAGAACACUUGAAAUAGUGGGGAAUAUGCCACAAACUGCAGAAUAUCGGCAGAAAACAGAGGCUGUAACCAAGCACAGACAAACAAUUCUCAACAAGUACACAGAUAUGGCACUGGUAGAAGAGCAUAUUGGAAAUGGACAAAUUGAAGAACUCAUAAUUCAGGCCAAGAAUGAACAUCAUCUUGCCAGGGAAAUGGCAGAAUGUCGACCAUGGGAGACAUUGAUUGGAGAAGCACCACCUGGACAAUGGGACUGGCCAUGAAUAUUUUUGAAUAUAUUAUAAUUUAUUUUUAUUGUGUUCUUCCGAUUACAACAUUCACCUAAUGA